GACGUAACAACAUUCGGACGCUAAACAAACACUAAUUUGUAACACAUCUCCACCGCAACAGCCAUCAAUUUACCACAUUUUAGUGAUCUGUUCCUACCGCCCGAGUUUCUUUUUUUUUCCCGUUUGCAUUAAACUGACAUAGAAUAAACUUGUCUGUGGGUGCUGUGAAUUUUACAAACCAGAUCAAAAUGGCGGACAAAGGACACAAUUUUGCUGAUGGUUUGACCGCAGCGAAUGCAGAACUGACUGACAUAACCGAAGUGCAACACGAGAAAAUACGUUUGGAAGAGUUUCUGCUGCAUUCAGUGAAUGAACUGAACAAGAUCUCCCAGCGUAUCAGCGCUAUCCCGAUUGAAAUCGAUGCCGAUAAGGCAUCGAUGAUGGAGGGUAUAGAGAUGAUGGAAUACUUAAAAAAGAAGAAUGCAGAGGAACUCGAGCACCUUACGAAAAGAAAUGAAGAAGCUGCCCGGAAGGAAGCAUCGGUUCUCAAUGCACAACAAUCGGAAUACAAACGAAAGGUCAACGAGCUGGACGGGAUUCACAAGGAAUGUGAAUAUUUGCAAAAUGUUUUGAAGCAGAAAAAGGCAAAGGUUGAUGAUUUGCAGGACCAGAUGGACGGUGAAACCAGUCUGUUUGUGAAGCAGACAGUAGCUUUGAGCAACUUGCGAUCUAAACCGAAGUUUGACAGUGCAAAAUUUGCGGACCAACAAAAGGUCCUUCAGUCUGCGUCCACUCAGCUAAAUGAAGGAUUCAGAACAGCAGAAACACAAAUCGAAAAGCUUCGCAAGGGUAAUGUCGCAAUGGGCGAAGCAUUGGGAACUGUACAAGCCGACAACAAGUUGAAAACGGCUGAAUUGGCUGCACUGCGAUACAGAGCCGCUGUCAUUAAAGAGCAAUACGAACGCGAACAAGAGAAGCAGAACCAAAUUUUGAGCGACUUUCGAACCGUUGAGGAGCAGCGAAAUGUCGAAAUCUCCCGAAUGGAACGAGAACUUACUGAACAACGAACCGCAUAUGCCAAUUUGAAACAGUUCGAUGCAGAUCUGACCGAUCGAAUUGCGUCCGAAUUCGGAAAUGACAAAUCACUGGAAGAGAUGAAGAAGGACGCAAAAGCAGAAUUGAAUGGAUUGCAAGAUGACUGGUCACGGUUGACCGAGUCGGUUGAUGUCAUUGCCGAAUUGAUGAAUUCGAACGAGAUCAAGUUACAGCUAUUGCGGGAAGCGAGGCAUGAACAGUUGCGUUUUGAAUCGUCGACACAGCAACAAGAUGUUCAAGUAGCGGAAGAAGAACAAAUGGAUGAUUCCGAUGAUUCGGAAGAAGAAGAAAAAGAAUUGCUCCAACCAAUGGAUGAAUCGGAUGAAGACGAUCAGGCCUUUUUAGUUGAAAGCCCGCCCAGAAGUCCCCAGCGUGAGGUCGAAAAGAAUCUGGAUCAGCCCAUUGUUCGCAGCCCUGAUUCAUCGAUAUCGGAUUGGAUGGAAAGUAGCGAAGAACCAGAAGAGGGUGCAAAUAACAGCACAGACGACUAUCACCGCAGAUUGAGAUUGUUUGCCGACAAAAUUUUCUUUGGAAAAUAACCGGUCGAUGAGGCGGACAAGCAAACCUUUGAUUUUUUUUGUUUUUAUUUUUUGUUGAAAUUUGAAGAUUAUAAGACGUUGAAUCGUCUGAGUGUUCCACGAACGAUGCAAAAUAAAAGUUUUUCGCUUUUGUUGUAGUGAUAAGUCGAAA